AGAAUUUCGUUACUAUAGCCACCGUGUAUAACGCGGGGGAACGUUGAUAGGACUAAUUAUCUACAUCGGUAGAUAUACCUUCCUUGUGAACUUUACUUUAAGCAUGAUAUGCCUUUUAAUGAGGAAGUGAAUAAAUGCAUUAAUACUGAACUGGAUAUUUAGGAACAGUAAGAAGGAAGGAGCUUGACUAUGCAGAUAUACUGAGCAAAAAACAGGAGAGGAAAAUGUCUGUGAUGAGGAUUACGGAAUGUAUUUUGUUUCUUCAAUUUUUCCUUCUAAUCCAAAUUUGCUACGGGCAUUCGGAUUGUUCACAGAUUGAUGAUAGGAAUAGCAUGGCCACAAUUUCCCCGCUACAAAACCAUUCUUACUGUGACUGGAGAAUAGUUCCAAGACAGGGAGCCCUUUCAAUAGAAAUCUCAUCAGUGGCGUGUCUUCAUGAUGUGAUUAUUUCAGAUGAUGAUAGGUUUGAGAAUGUCCUUUGGAAUUCAACAUUUUGUACAAAAAACAACCAGACCACUGUUCUGAGUGGAAGACUAGUGUAUAUAAGGACGGAGGUGAUGGUGCCAGCACACUCAAUCAACGUAUCGAGAUAUGAAUGUAGCGAAUAUUACACAGAUCUAUCUGGAAACAUUUCUGUUUAUUUCCCGCAAGGAUUGUUUCACGCGACCCCUGUCAUUUGCAAGUGCACCAUAUCUUUACCAAAAUAUUACACCAUCGAUUUCCAGAUACACAGUGUAUCACUGAGAGGGAAGGAUAUACUUGUUAUGAGAGACAACUUAUCAGAAAUUCUCAGAGCAGCAGGACCAAUGACAGAGAUGUCUCACACUCGAAUAAUGAACUCUUCCUACAUCGAGCUGGAAUUUAUAUCUUGUUCCCAGUGUCUUUGCAAUUCUUCAAUGAAUAUUAACGUGUCCUGGUCGUUUUGUGGUGGUAUUUUUGAAGACAAUGUGACCUUUACUGCUGAUAUUGAUACCCAAUCCAAGGUUCAUAUAGACUGCUCAUUUUUACUACGAAGCAGUCCUGCAAACAAAGUUGCUUUCCGUUUGACAAAAUAUUUGCAAUACACUAGAAGUUGUGCUAAAGAUUUUCUGCAGAUCUUCGACGGUAUAUACAGAGAAGACAGCCUUUUAAAAGAAUACUGCAAUAACUCCGAAGAUGAUCUAACACUUGGAUCGACCAAUGAGAUGAUACUUAAACUUGUGUCGAGUGGCCUUCACUCACAUGUUAGCUUCUCCGGGAAAGUAAUACCAAGUGGAGGUUGUGGACAGAAGACUUUCUACCAUCAAGGACAUAUAGUUAAUCCUGUCAACACUCUGGCCGUUUCCUGUCAAUACGCUAUCAAGACAAAUAAACAUAGUCGAAUCUGGCUCAUCUUUAAACAUCUGACAUUGCCUGAAAGGCCCAACGGUUUUUGUACAGACUACUUACAGGUUACAGACGUUAAAAGUCCAUAUGGUACAGUAAAUCGUUACUGUGGUAACGAAUAUCCCACAGACAAGCUACUAGUUGGUAAUGAAGCUUUGGUCACGUUUUACACCAAUGGAAACGAGGAUGACGUACACGCUGGCUUUCAAAUUGAAUUUAUAGAAUGUGGUGGGUACUUUGAUGGAUAUGCAGGCGAGAUUCGUGGUCUGCAUGGCAGCACUACAAGUAAAUCUGAAGCAUGCAGAUGGAUAAUAAAUGGCUCUUCUACGCAGAAUCUCAUUCUCCGAUCUCAAGAUAAUUUUUCUUCCUACUGCAACCAAUCGGUAACGAUUUUGACGGAAACUAAAAACAUUGAGCUGUGUAAUAACACUGAAAACAUCAUACAAGUUUCUGGGCGCGUGUCUAUAGAGGCUCCAGUACACAUAUUGCUGUCUAAUUUCUCCACCUUAUCAUGGAUUGCUUGCGGUGUUGUGCAAAAGGCCAAAGAUGGAUUCUUAUCUGUUGAUCUUGUGUUGCACCAAGAUUUGAACACAAGCUGUCCACUAGUUCUGAAUGCUAGCAACGUUGAUAGUUAUGUUCUAUUUCUAGAAAAUACUGAAAGAAACUGUACAACGGAUGUGGAGAUUAACGAUAAUACGUAUACCGUGAGCAAAUCAAACGCAUCAAUACUGCAAAUAGAAAAUCCUGUUGUUGUCUAUUUCCCAUCGACAUGCGCGAUCAGUAUGGGACAUGCUAUAAGGAUACGCUGGGAAGCAUGUAAGCAGACGUUAACAGACGAUAACGGGACGUUUGCUUCUCCUGGCUAUCCGGGUAGAUAUUUUGCAAACCAGUCGUGUGUCUACACUAUAACUGCUCCCACUGGAUAUCUUAUACAUCUUACGUUUGAGGAUUUUGAUGUCGGUAAAUCGAUGAAUGAUAAGGAAUGCGGUGAAGACCGCGUGGAGAUACAUAAUUCUGACUCUGUUGGUAGUCGCGGAGACAUCCAUUGCGGAAAACAAGGUAGAGACGAAUUGAUUCAGUUUUUGAGCGUGGGACCAUCUCUGACUGUUUGCUUCAUUUCUAGUGGAAAUCAGGAGGCACAAUUUAAAGGAUUCAAAGUGUCCUACCAAUUUUUGGAAGAUCAUUCAACCCCAGAAUACCAUGAUAUGAAGCAAGGUCUUCUCGCUUAUAAAACGACACUUGCUACCACUGUAGCUAUGGGGGUGUGUAUCGGUGUCUUGGUCUUUAUAGUCAUAGCUCUAGCAGGAUUCCUUGUUCGCCAAAGAAAACGCAAAGGAUAUCACAACCCAAUUCUUCCACAAGAAUCGAAUGCAUCAACAUCAAACAUGAAUGGAAAUUUAAGUCCGCGGACACGAAAGCAAUGUUAUAUAAAGAAAAAAGAUUCAAACGGGUUAGCCACUCCCACUCUAGCAAAACAUCGACAGUCAUCCUUGAACGACGAUAAAGAAAACAAAAAUAAGAAAGACGAAGACAAAAACAUCAACGAACCUGAAGUGAACGAACUUUAUAAUCAUCUACACGAAGAAUCGGAGACCCCAAACGCACUGAAGAAAAACGAUUAUGCUUUUGUAAAUCUUGAAAAUAAGGAAUACAGCACGUGUGGAAUUAUAAGGGAAAACAAUGAAAUUUUGGGAGAUGUUGAGUAUGGCACGUCGAAAGCAUUUGCGGAAACCAGUAAAGGUACAGAUAACGAGGGAAAACCCAUAGAGUAUGGUGACACAAUGCUUGCAACUAAUGAUAGUGUGUGUGUAGCCUCCACACGAAGGGACGACUCCGUAAUUGACAAUAAUUUUGGUGAUGAAAUGGUUACAAAUAGCAAUACCCAAGCCCCUAAAACUAGUAUGAGUAAAAAUCAGACCGACAUACAAGGGAAUAUGGGAUCCGAUACUUGCAAUCAUGUAAAAUAUAAACCAGAACCUGUUACAAACAGAAACACUAGUGAUAAAGAAGGAAGUGAAAUGAUAGUAGGCACUAACAGCAACGAUGAUGUGAAAUCUAAGAAAGGGCCUGUUCAAAACAGAAGUAGUGAGGAAAAAACAACCGAAACAAUAGUGGGAAUUGAUAGCAAAGAUGGCGUGAAAUCGAGAAAAGAACCCAUCGUUAAAGAUAGGGAUAUCAAUGGACAGAAAGUCUCUGAAGAGAUGUUAAACACUGAAAGUUUAUAUAGUAACGUCGACGAAGAUAAUAGCGAAUACGGAAAUUGGAAUGGUGUGGCGGUACACACCAAGCAAAAGAACAGUUUCAUCCCCGACAAUGACGAGAUUUAUUCGAACACCGCUUCAAUUUACAGUAACAACAUACGGGAGGAAAUUUACAGUAAUGAUACUAGUGUGUUGUGAAUUCUCUCACUGGACUACAUCAAGAUGAAAUAGAUAUCUAUCAGACAUCCACUAAUUUAUUCAGAACUAACCUUCAUCAAUAUACAAUUUAAAGACAUGCCUGUAUUUUACCAAGUUCAUCUUGCAAAGCAAUAUUGUUUGAGAGAAAGAGCUUUUCUAAAUGUUUACUGUCAGAGAGAUAGCCAUUGCUGUCCACGGUUUUGUCUAUCAUCAUGAAAUAUAUUUACAUGUAUUAA